UUCUGCUUCACAUCUCGCCAGGAUAGUUCGGUUUGGACUUGGGUUCUUUAGUUGUUACUUGUUGUCAAUUUUACAGAAUUUGCCACUGAACGGCUUGCGAUUUACGAUCGAAGGAAAUUUGAAUUGAGUAUUUUUGAGUACAAUAUUAUUUGUAUAGUAAAAUUAAGAAAUUUUAAUAAUUAAAUUUUGAUAACUUUAAUUUACAACUUAACAAUGGAUUACGAACAGGCUGAGUAUGAUGGUGACUCUUAUUAUAACAAUUACGAAGACAGGUACUAUGAUGUGGAUCCAUAUGAGCCGAAAAUGCCUGAAAUCAUCAAAAAGUUUUUGUUGUACUUCAGAAAUGCUAUUAAUGAAGGAAUGGUUUACGAAAUGCAAAAUUUAUAUGAAAAUACGUUUCCUAAGUUAUCUGAUCAAUUUUUUGAUAAAGCUCCUUGGCCAAGUGAGAAUGAAGUUCGCACGAUAAUGGAUGAUGAUAAAACUUUCUUGAUGCUGUACAAAGAAUUAUAUUAUCGUCAUAUAUUUGCUCGUGUACCCAAUGGUCCUUCAACAAAACAACGUUUUGGAUCAUUUUAUAACUAUUGUGAUCUUUUCAAUUAUAUCUUCACCUGUGAAACUCCAGUUCCACUAGAAUUACCUGAACAGUGGUUAUGGGAAUUAGUUGAUGAGUUUGUUUAUCAGUUUCAAUCUUUUACUCAGUUUCGUUCACGUAGUCGUAAGACUCAAGAAGAAAUUGAUAUGUUAGCUUCAAACAAUGAAGUGUGGAAUGUUUUGCUUGUGUUAAAUGUAUUACAUUCAUUUAUAAACAAGUCUAACAUAAAACUUCAGUUAGAAGUUACUGCUAGUGGUGGUGAUCCAGAUUCGGUAGCUGGAGAAUUUGGACGUCAUUCAUUAUAUAAAAUGUUGGGUUAUUAUUCUAUGAUUGGACUUUUACGAUUGCAUAGUUUAUUUGGAGAUUAUUAUUUAGCCAUCAAAGUGUUAGAAAAUAUUGACAUGCACAAAAAGAACGCAUACAGCUCAGUUCCAGCUUGUCAUAUUUCUACAGCAUACUACGUUGGAUUUGCAUAUAUGAUGAUGCGUCGUUAUUCUGAUGCAAUCAGGACAUUUAGUUCAAUCUUGCUGUACAUACAAAGAACUAAACAACUAUUCCAAACUCGUUCUUAUCAAAAUGAUCAAAUUAACAAGCAAACAGAUCAGAUGUAUACAUUAUUGGCUAUGUGUUUAGUUUUGCACCCACAAUGUGUUGAUGAAUCUAUUCAACAAGUUUUAAGAGAAAAAAAUUACACUGACAGAAUGUUUAAAAUGCAAUAUGGUGAUUUGCAAGAAUUUGAAAACUGUUUCCAAAUGGCAUGCCCUAAAUUCUUAUCAAUGGAUCCAGCAGAAGAUUCUGUAAAAGAAGCAGUAAAAUAUCAGACUUCAGUAUUUAUGGCUGAAGUAAAACAACAAAAAAUGUUGCCUACAAUUCGCAGUUAUUUGAAACUAUACACAACUUUGCCAAUUAAUAAAUUGGUAACUUUCAUGGCUCAAGGACAAAGUCAAAGAGAGAAUAAUGAACCGACAGACGAUAAGGAAAACUUGACCAAGCAUUUACUGUGUUUUAAGCAUAAAAUGAAAAAUAUUGUUUGGAACAAAGGUGCAUCAGGUUUGGAUGGUUACUUUCAUUCUGGAUCUGAGUUGGACUUUUAUAUUGAUCGUGAUAUGAUACAUAUUGCUGAUACAAAAGUAGCACAUCGCUACGGGGAUUUUUUCAUAAGAAAAGUAUUAAAAUUUGAAGAGUUGAAUCGCAAGCUUAAAUCUAUUAAAAUAUGAUAACAUUUUUAGUUAUAAAUAUUUAUACACAUUUUGUUACAUCUAAACAAUAAGAUAUCAUUUACUUUACAAUUCUGAUUAUAUUUAAAAUUAUACAGUCGCUUAGUAUUUAAUAAUAACUUGUUAUGCUUGAAGUCUAUUAUAUUCAUUAAAAAACUGGCUCUUCUUUAUCGAAUCCCAAACUUUGAUGCAAUAAUGAAACCUGGAAAAAAACAUUGUUUA